UCCCUGAAGAAGGAGCAGGAGAAGAGGAGGAGGAAGAAGAACAAGAAGAAGAAGGACUACCCGAACGAAGACGUCAACGGCUUUGCGGCGUACCUGAAGCGGAGCUCGCGGGGCGGCGGGGCGCCUGAAGCGGACGGCGCCGAGCUGGAGAGGGAGGUAGCCGUAGCCGUGAAGAAGGACAGGCGGCGGGAGGAUAGGAGGCUGAAGAGGCAAGAAAUGAAGAAAAAUGCCAUGGUAUGUUUCCACUGUAGAGAACCUGGCCAUGGUGUUGCUGAUUGUCCUGCAGUACUUGAAAGUCAAGAUAUGGGUACAGGAAUCUGUUACCGGUGCGGAUCCACAGAACAUGACAUCGGCAAAUGCAAAGCAAAAGUAGAUCCAGCUGUUGGGGCAUUUCCAUACGCAAAAUGUUUCAUCUGUGGUGAGAUGGGGCAUCUAUCAAGGUCAUGUCCAGAUAAUCCCAAAGGAUUGUAUGCUGAAGGUGGUAGCUGCAGACUUUGUGGCUCCGUGGAGCACUUCAGAAAAGACUGUCCGGAAAAACAGAACUCAGAUCAGGUUACGGUUGGGCGAUGGGCCGUUGGAAUGAGCGCAGAUUAUGAAGAAAUUACAGAAACACCAAAGCUGCGAAACCCAAAAGCGAAAGUACCCAAAGUUGUUACUUUUUGAAGGCCUCUUGGCUUUAAACCACAGUUAGCCUGCACUGUUUCACUCCAGAGUAGUGACUACACAGAGUGGAUUGCUGGUUCCAGAAAAUCAAGCAGACUGCUGCUGCUAAACUACUUUUUUUUUUUUUUUCCCCCCUCAUUUUUCCAGUUUGCCUCCCAGACUCCCCUAGCUUACUGAAAAGCUGGGAACAACAGAAAUACAGCAAGUGGGUAUUUUAUGUAUCAUCUCUGCUGAAAUACAGCAUUCCCUCUGAUUCACAUUCCCUCUCACUGCCAGCUCUCUGAAGAGGGAAAUUGGCUUCUUCUCGUAACAGGGAUCUGGUUGCAGUAACCAAACAGGUGCAUUUUAUCACGGGGGUCUGUGACCAUUGGAUGUCGAUGGUCAGUAUUGUUACCUUGAGUGCUGCUUUUACUUAUCAGUCAGAGAUGAACGCAGUCGUGCUGAUUGUACUAUUUCUGCAUCGCUCUGAAAGGCAUUGUAGGUAUUUUCUAAAAAGACUCUCGUUGGGUUCUGGUUUGGUUUUGCCUUCUGCGUUUAGAAAGAAUGAUUUCUUGCUCCGUAUGUGCAAGCUUGAGCAGUCGUAUAGUGAAGUUAUCAGGUAAACCCUAUAGCCUGUAGAGCUUGGGGUCCAAUUACCGCUGCUCAGCUAAAUAUGUACAUGCAUUAACCUGAUUGUUUAGUGCAUGUUGGAUUGUUUGAGUAUUUGUUCACUGACAAAAACAGAAUCAUGCCCUUCCUCUGAUACCCAUGAUGAAAUACACCUGAAAAGAGUUGGGGAGCAAGUGAGCAGCUUGCUUAGUUUCUUUGUUUUUUUCAAGGAAAGUGCUCUUCAGUGCACAAUCUUCAGUGUUUCUAUCCCUUGGUGAGUGGGGAGUAAACUUUGCUUUGUAUUACACAUGCCUGCUUAAUGGCAGAUUUAUUUAUUUUUCAAUGGAGACUGCAGCCUGAAAAACAGCAGCCUUAGAGAAACUGAUACAUAUUAAAAAAAGUUACAAAACCAACUGAAAAUGGAGUUCCUGCAACAGCUCUCCGAAAGCUGUAGUAAUUCAGCCUGUGCAGCCAGUGGUAGUAGGCUUUCACUUGCAUCUGAUCACCUCACCUAAGACGGACAAGGAAGCACGGUGUUACUGCGGAAGGGCACCUCGAGCUCAUCUCGCACGCGGCGCUUCGUUCUGAACCGGCCUCUUGACGCAGUUCUGGGCAGCGUGGGCAGGUGCCGUGCGGGGCCUCUGGGCAGCGCUCCGCUGUGCUGUGUAGGCAGGCACCUGCGGCAGCGGGCUUCUCUGUCCUCUACUGCAGCUGCGGUUGCCAUCGGGCAAGCACAAGUACUUCCGUGUCCCAAAAAUCUUAAAUGUGCCUUCUGAAAACUUCAGCUAGCGUUACAUGGUGAUAGGCAACAGUCCUUGAGGGGAAAGCGACACAGUAACGCUACUGCUUCUAAAGAAUUAAUUUACCCUUUGAAUAAAUGUGUCCUAACGGUCCAUACAUCGCCUUGGUGAGAACGCAGAAGGAACACCAGAUAGCAAACUUGAGCUCAGGACUGGGUUUUGAGGUGCAUAGGACCAGCUGCUGGAACUAUGAGUUUGGAACAUACUUUUCUCACAGCAGAAAAUAAAUACAGGAAUCUUAAUUGCGUGGAUAUAUUUUAUGUUUGUACGUGUUAAUUAUUUUUAAUAAAACACUGCUAAAGAAUACAAGAGUUAGAGCUCUUAUUUUAGGUUAUGUGGUUCUGCUCUAGAUACAAAGGCACAUAAGUUGGCUAAGAUAGGGCAUGUGUAU